CCGUUUGGCUCAAGAGGGCAGCGCAGCAAUACACACAAUUAAGCGAAAGUAUUUCCAAACUGAUAACAGAUAAUAGAUAGAGUGUCACAUGUGGUGUGGCGAGAGCCAGUACCGCGAGCCCAGUACAGUUGCCAACAGGACCUCCAGCAGACUGCAAGCUCAUACUCUCGAGGUUGCGAGUAGGUGCGCUUCACAGCUACACUUUCGACGCGAGCUUUCCAUUCGUUCCAUUGCGAACCGCUUUUUUGUUGCAGCAGCAUGUUAGCUGCACUGUUGCACAGAGCGCCCAAACUGACCCACGCGUUCGGAUCGCAGGCCGCCAUUGCUACGGGAUUCGCUCGGACCAUGGCAACGUACCUGGUGGAGGAGGACAGUUACAGCUUUCUGAAGGAUCUCGGCCUGAGCCGGGUCAACAACGGUGUGUACGAUGGGGCAUGGGUUGCCGGUAAGGCCGGCACCGUCCAAUCGAUCGAUCCGGCGUCGGGCCGUGUCAUUGCGGAAGUGACGACCGGUUCGGUACAGGAUCUGGAACGCUGUCUAACGGCCGGUACGGCUGCGUACCAGGAGUGGAAAAAAAUGCCCGCCCCGUACCGUGGUGAGAUCGUGCGGCAGAUCGGCGAGGAGCUGCGCAAGUACCGGGAACCGCUCGGCAAGCUGGUCGCGCUGGAGAUGGGUAAGAUACUGCCGGAAGGGGUCGGCGAGGUGCAGGAGUUUGUCGACAUCUGCGACUACGCCGUCGGACUGUCGCGCAUGGUCGGUGGCGCCAUCUUUCCCUCCGAGCGGCCCCAGCACACGAUACUGGAGAAGUGGAACCCGCUCGGGCUGGUCGGUGUCAUAUCGGCGUUCAACUUCCCGUGCGCCGUGUUCGGGUGGAACGCGGCCAUCGCACUCACCAUCGGCAACACGGUGCUGUGGAAGGGUGCGCCGAGCACGUCGCUCGUCAGCGUCGCGACCACGAAAAUCGUGGCCGACGUGAUCAAGCGCAACAAUCUGCCGCCGGUGGUGACACUGUGCCAGGGUGGGGAUGAGAUCGGUAAGCAGAUGGUGAAGGACGAGCGCGUGAAGCUGAUGUCGUUCACGGGCAGUACGGCGGUCGGUCGAACGGUCGGCGUCGAGAUGCAGCGUCGGUUCGGGCGGUGUUUGCUCGAGCUGGGCGGUAACAAUGCGCUCAUCAUUAACGACGAUGCACCGCAGGACAUGGCACUGGAUGCGGCCUUUUUCGGUUGCAUCGGUACCGCCGGUCAACGGUGCACCACGACCCGACGCCUCAUCAUCCACGAGAAGCUGUACGAUGGGUUCGUGCAGAAGCUUGUUAAGCGCUACACCAACCUGAUGCAGCGUGUCGGCCAUCCUCUCGAUCAGGCGACCCUGUACGGUCCGGUACACAAUCAGCAGGCGGUGGAGAACUACAAGCAAACGAUACAGGAAGCCGUUUCGCUCGGCGGCAAGAUUGAGUGCGGUGGCAAGAUUAUUCAGCGGCCCGGCUUCUUCGUCGAACCGACGAUCAUCUCCAACCUGCCGCACGACGCACCGGUCGUGAAGCGGGAAACGUUCGCACCGAUUGUGUACGUGUUUAGGGCGAAGAAUUUGACCGAAGCGAUCGGCUGGAACAACGAGGUGGAUCAGGGACUUUCGUCCGCCCUAUUCACCAGCAACGUACAGUCAGCAUUUCAGUGGAUCGGCGAGAAUGGAUCGGACUGCGGUAUUGUAAACAUUAACACGUCACCUUCCGGGGCCGAAAUCGGGGGAGCUUUCGGGGGCGAAAAGCAUACCGGCGGUGGGCGCGAAUCCGGUUCCGAUGCGUGGAAACAGUAUGCCCGACGGUCAACCAUCACGGUGAACCAUUCGGCCGAUCUACCGCUGGCGCAAGGCAUUGUGUUUGAGUAAGGGUGCAAAUAAAAGGAGGAUGAAAAAUACAAGCUUCGAAUGACUGAAUGCGGAAGGUGAAUUGGGAUGGA